CUUCCAGUAGACGUCUAGAGUUUAGCUAGAAGUCUUGGCUCUGAUACAAACAGUGAUGGAAAACACAUGAGCAGUAACAAGUUUUAAUCUAGCUCCUCAGUACUAACAUGGACUAAUCUGGAAGCAGCUGCUCCAGUGUCACCCAGGGUGCAGCUACCCCAGGCUCUGCUAAAGGGGUUUUCUUUCAAAUACUACACCUUCACAUCUUUUUUAAUGCUACUUAAGUACACUGCCAUUACAGAUAAGCAGUACAUGGUGGAAAAUUCUACUUUCAAGAGGACUAACUUGCUCUCUUCACACAAGUCAUAGACUGGCCCCCUACACCAGACAACAUGAAGGGAUGUGUGAUCCUAGUGUUCGUGGCUUUGUGCUCUGCCAAACCCUCCUUUCCCCCUUCGUACCUGACGCUGAAGAAUAUGAUGCUGCAGGACAUGGAAGACAUAGAUGAUGGUGACACUGAUGCUGACAACUCACUUUUUCCAACAAGAGAGCCAGUUAACCCCUUCUUCCCAUUUGAUUUGUUUACAACAUGUCCAUUUGGAUGUCAAUGCUACUCAAGAGUUGUACACUGCUCGGAUCUAGGUUUGUCCUCUGUCCCAAGCAACAUUCCAUUCGAUACUCGCAUGAUUGACCUUCAAAACAAUAAAAUCAAGGAAAUCAAAGAAAAUGAUUUUAAAGGACUCACAUCACUUUAUGCUUUGAUUCUGAACAAUAACAAGCUAACAAAGAUUCACCCCAAAGCCUUUCUAACUACAAAGAAGUUGAGAAGACUGUAUCUGUCCCACAAUCAACUCAGUGAAAUACCACUUAAUCUUCCCAAAUCUUUAGCAGAACUCAGAAUUCAUGAUAAUAAAGUUAAGAAAAUACAAAAGGAGACAUUUAAAGGAAUGAACGCGUUACACGUUUUGGAAAUGAGUGCAAAUCCUCUUGAUAAUAAUGGCAUUGAACCAGGGGCAUUUGAAGGACUGACAGUAUUUCACAUCAGAAUUGCAGAAGCAAAACUGACCUCAGUUCCUAAAGGACUACCAACAACUUUACUGGAGCUUCAUUUGGAUUAUAAUAAAAUUUCAACUGUUGAACUUGAGGAUUUCAAACGAUACAAGGAUCUGCAAAGGCUGGGCCUAGGAAAUAAUAGAAUCACAGAUAUUGAAAAUGGAAGUUUUGCUAACAUACCACGCAUACGAGAAAUACACUUGGAAAAGAAUAAACUAAAGAAAAUCCCUUCAGGAUUACCGGAGUUGAAAUAUCUCCAGAUAAUUUUCCUGCAUUCUAAUUCAAUUUCGAAGGUGGGAGUGAAUGACUUCUGCCCAACAGUGCCAAAGAUGAAGAAAUCUUUAUACAGUGCAAUAAGUUUAUUCAACAACCCAAUGAAGUACUGGGAAAUGCAACCUGCAACAUUUCGUUGUGUUUUGAGCAGAAUGAGCGUUCAGCUUGGGAACUUCAGAAAGUAAUAGUUAGCAAUAGUAAUAUCCAUUUAAUAUAAAUUUAAAAAUUAUUACAUUUGGAAUACUUGAACUCUAUUAAUAAUGGUGGUAUAGCACACAUCAGCAAAAAUCUAUUCCUACAUAAGUCCACUGACUUAGCUCAUGACAAAAAAUUUCAGAAUUUUGCAAAACUAUUAAUAUAUCAUGAUUAAGAGAAACAAGCAUGUACUGCAGUUUCCUUUUUGCAUACAAGUGAUUUUGCAUAAAGCUCAUGCUUGAACAUUCUUUCUCAGUAACAAAAAAAUAAGACAUUCAGUAUUUAAUUUGAUAAUUUUAUCAAGUGCAUUUUAAAAAGAACUGUACUGUAAAUGGAAUGCCUGACUUAGCAAAAUUUGUGUUCUUUUCAUUUGCUGUUGGAAAACCAAAAUUGACAAGGAUGGUUAUAUUAUUCUUAUCCUUUCAUUAACACCUUGGGUGGUACUGUAAUAUUUCUCAUAAUGUUUAAGUAUGGUUUGAUAUCUUUAAUUACAUUUUCAUGUCUCAGAGCCUUAUUGCUUUUACGUUUAAAUCUAACUCCUUAAAGACUUCAGUAAGUGUGUAUUACCACCUUGAUAGAGGCUAUUCAUAAAAGCUGGUUUUGGGGCUAUAGUACAUGCUUUUCUUUUUUAAUUAUUACCUGAUUAUAAAACUUCUAUAAUAUUGUGUAGUGAGUGUUUAUGUAAAAUCUGUUAAUUCAAAUUUUUUAUUAUUACAGUUCUUAUAAGCUUUUAACAUUAAUUCAAUUGUUAGGUUAUGUAACAUUGUUGCCUCAGUGCUAAGGAGUAUUUUUGAGAUUUCCUUUUGGAAGACCUUGGUUGGAAGAGCCUGAACAUUACCAAUUCUACACCAAUUGUCUCUUCAAAUAUACAGACUGGAAAACUCUGAAAGCCACAUCUGUUAUAACUGAAUAGGCAAGCCUUAAAUAAAACAUACAGAAACUAAAAACUCUUUAUAAAAGUUAAGGGCAAUGUAUGUAAUUUUCAUUGGCAUUCAACACAACAUAAAUUAAGUAAAACUAGAAAACAAGGGAAACAUCAAAAAAACCUUUUGAAAUAAAAUAUUUGUAUAUAAUAUUUGGUAUAAUUCUCCCACCCCAAAACAAAUGAUUUUUCAGGAAAUCUUAAGAGUCAAAUCACAGUUGGUUGAAAACAACUGCUUCAUAGAAAAAUUACUUAAUUUUGAAAUUGUGACAUAAGAUUGGAAAUGUGGAACAAACCAGUUACUUUGUUUUGUAAAUUUGUGGGAGCAAGAUGGAAGUAUGAUUAAUAUAAUAAAGCUUAACCACUAGUAGUAACAGAACAGAAAGAGCACAGAAAUGCAGAGCUUUCAGUUGGAAGAAGUAACCAGAACCCAAUUCCUCUGAUAGCCUUAGGUAAAUCUCCUAAGGAACCAGUCUCUUCCUCUGUACAGUGUGAAGGUGACCAUAUGAAUGAAUGAAGUUGCUAUGAGGACAGAAGGAUAUAAAUGUAUGUGAAAAUGCUUUGUAAACAAUAAAGGUUCAUGUUUGAGCGAAACUUUACUCUGGACAACUAUUGAAUGGUGAAAAAAAUUAAGAAUUAUCAAGUCUUUAAAAAUUAAGAAUACAUUACGGCGAUAAUCAUUCUAAAAUUAAAAUAUUCUACAGUUCUGACAGUUUUAAGAAAUAAAAUACUCUUUUCUACAACACAACUUAAAACUAAAAUUGUGAUAUCAUUGCAUGUAUAACAACAUAAGUAGAAACCAAAUGUUUACCAAAAUUUUAAGACUCCAGAUCUUGAGUAUGGUCUGAGCAGUAGAGUUUAAAGUAGCUAACUUAAUCUUUUCCUAAAAGACAAAACAAAAAUUUUGAGUGCCAGAAAUGAUUCUUAAGAUCACUGUAACUAAUUUCCUGUAGUUAAUCUUUUUGUUUUUCAUCCCUCAGCUAUUAACCAUUUUUCAGUUAUAAGUUUGCAAAAAACAAAUCACGAAUAAAUAUCACAACCAAAGCUGCAUUAAAGUGUUCUGCCACAAACCCAUUUUAUAAUAAUACAAAUAUUAACCUACUUGACUUUCUUGACAUUCAUUAGAAACAAAAAAUUACUACAAGUUAUUGUGUUUAUUAAGGUCUUCCAGGCAGUAUAAUAUCUCAAUGGCAAUCUAUCCUUAUUUCUUCUGAAGUAACUACAAUAAAAAAAUGAACAUUGAAUU